CUGCGCUGCGGGCGGAAGGUCGUCUCAUUGGGCGGCUUGGCGUUCGGAGCCGUUGUCGCCAUGUUGUCGGUCGCCGCCCGUUCGGGCCCGUUCGCACCCGUCCUGUCGGCCACGUCCCGCGGGGUGGCGGGCGCGCUGCGGCCCCUAGUGCAGGCCACCGUGCCCGCCACCUCGGAGCCGCCAGUGCUGGACGUGAAGCGCCCCUUCCUGUGCCGGGAGUCGCUGAAUGGCCAGGCCGCGAACCGGCCUCUGGUUGCCUUCGUGGGCCUCAAUGUCCCUGCUUCUAUCCGUUAUUCCCAUACAGACGUCAAAGUGCCUGACUUCUCCGACUAUCGUCGCACUGAAGUGUUAGAUGGUACAAAGUCUUCAAAAGAGAGCAGUGAGGCUAGAAAAGGUUUCUCCUACUUGAUAACUGCAACAACUACUGUCGGUGUUGCAUAUGCUGCCAAGAAUGUUGUCUCCCAGUUUGUUUCCAGCAUGAGUGCUUCUGCAGAUGUGUUGGCCAUGUCGAAAAUUGAAAUCAAGUUAUCUGAUAUUCCAGAAGGCAAGAACAUGGCUUUCAAAUGGAGGGGCAAACCCUUGUUUGUGCGCCAUCGAACCAAGAGGGAAAUUGAACAGGAAGCUGCAGUUGAAGUGUCCCAGCUGAGGGACCCACAGCAUGAUUUAGACCGAGUGAAGAAACCUGAGUGGGUUAUUCUGAUAGGUGUUUGCACCCAUCUUGGUUGUGUACCCAUUGCAAAUGCAGGAGAUUUUGGUGGUUAUUACUGCCCUUGCCAUGGGUCACACUAUGAUGCAUCUGGCAGGAUCAGGAAGGGACCUGCACCUCUCAACCUUGAAGUUCCCUCAUAUGAGUUCACUGGUGAUGAUAUGGUGAUUGUUGGUUAGAGACCUGAAUUCAAGUUAUAGGCUUCUUUCAGUCUUCAUGUAACCUCAGAAGACUUAUUUGAAAGCAGUCCUUCUGUACUUAAAGUUGGUUGAUUUGAAAUAUUAAGAACUGCUAAUAAUGUAUUUUUAAACAUGUAAAGUAACUUGAGUUUAAUGUUGAAUAAAGCUGCCACCUAAUAAAGCCACUGUUAAACAUUGUUAAGCUCUGUCAAAGACUUGAAAGGUACAGUGUCUUUGAUAGUUAAUUCUAAUUAAAAAUUACAGACUGGUUAUACCAAA